GGUUCCCCAGCGGGGCCCGCCCGGCCCGGCCCGGCGGAGCAGCGGGCGGUGCCGCGCAGAGGCGGAAGCGGCGGCGCCGAGGCCGGGUGGCGGCGGUGGCAGAAGAGUGCUGAAGAUGGCAGGCAGCUGCGCUCCUUGGAUCGGCAGCGCUUAUCUCUUCCUCCAGUCCACGUGCAAGACCAUCGUUCUGCCAUCUCUCUACGAAAGCUCCCAGAAGAAACCUAGUGUGUUCAAGGCGCUGACGCUGGCAUUAGCAGACUCCACCGGCAGCAUGAAUGGUGCGGAAAUACUCAAAGUGCACUGCAGCCACCCGCACCUGAUCGUCCAGCUCAAGUUCCUCAAGCAGGAGAACUGCCGCCGGUUCCUGCGGAGUUACCGGGAAGGAGCGCUCCAGGAGUCCCUCCAGAAUCACCUCCAGCUCUCCUUGGCCACAACCACGGUGUCUCUUGAAACAGAGCUGAAGGCUGGCAACGAGCACCUCGACAAGAUGCUGAAGGAUGAGGAUCGCUGCCUGGAGUGCAUCUACAGAGAAAAGCCUGACCGCCUGCGGGACGAAGAAAUCACAGAGCUGGAGGAAUGCCUCAAGAGCCUGAUUGUCCACGAGAGCGUCAACAACAACGUUGCUGUAAAAGACUGCGCAUCUCUGAACUCCCCAUCUCUACCUCGUCCUUCUCCAGGCAGCUCCCUUUCCCCACAAGUCACCUUCGUCUUUCAGGGACAACAGUUCGCCAACAGAACGCUCACCCCAGACGACCACCAGAAAUUCGCCAAGCUCGUGUCCAAAAAAUGGAAGCAAGUGGGUCGCUCUUUGCAGAAGAACUGCCGGGCCCUGCGUGAUCCUGUCAUUGAUAACCUGGCCCUCGAAUAUGACCGAGAGGGACUAUAUGAACAAGCCUAUCAGAUGCUUCUCAGAUUUAUCCACUCGGAGGGGAAGAAGGCCACAAUAGCGCGGCUGAUUGCAGCCCUGGAAGAAAAUAGUCUCAUCAGCUUGGCUGAGGAGCUCUUGGGCCUCCAUUCCAAUGAGGACUGCUCCUAGAGCGUGAAGGGCAGGGGCAUUGCAAAGGGCUUUCGUGCUUUAGCUAGUGUGUGAGACUGCUGCCAGCAUCUGGGAAUGGAAAGUCCUGAGAAUCACUGCAGGUUUCCGUGUAGAUGGGAAUGCCGAGGGGAGAGGUUCUGCACUUGCAGAAGCCGACACUGACCUCUGACGUUCCUGAUAUUGUUCUCUUGCCAGACAUCAACGUUACUUUCCCAGGAACUGGCGAGAGAGGCUUUCACCCUGACUUCCUUCAGGACCGAAAUGCCCCAGGGAAGCAGCCAGACAGUCAUAGAGCCAUAGGGGAGGGUGGGGGAGAGGAGGAAACCAAGGAAGGUGUCUCGGACAAUUUCUCUGGGAAGCAGAUGCCGCCACUGUUUCUCAAACUGUGGCCCAGGGCCAUCACCUGCAGAGCUGCCGUAUAUAUUUUUAUAUUGAUGACAUUUAUGCCCUCAGGCAUGACGUCAAGCGAAGGCAGAGGGGAAAUUAAGGAAAAGUCAGUUUUAUAUUAUUUUCCUUCAUUCUUCAAAUGAGGAACAUCUGUGGCAAGUACCUCUGUCCUGCCCUGCCCUAGGAUAGCUCCUUCCCACCUCUCACCAACUGAAAGUUUCCCUUUUACCUGGGACAGUCACAGUCCUCCACAGGGCACAAGAUUGCUGUUGUAGAACCAAUUCCACACACUGAACAAGCAAUAUGGACAAACACAAAUUCAGAGAAAGAUUCCCAACUCUUUCUGGACCAUGGUGGGCAACAGAAUAUUGACUACAUUGCGCUUAGCUCUUUCCCACCAACCCCAGGGAGCCUGCGUCUUUGGAAAGCAAAACACAGUGCUGGAAGGAAAAGAAACAGCCUCCUAGUCAGCGGGUUACCUGUGAAGUGCAGAUUGGAACUGCUGCUCUAAGGGCUGUUGCAGCAUCAAAUCCCAUCCUGAUCCCAGCCCGUGGUGCUGAGCGAUCACCUGGGAUCAGCCAACUGCUAAUUAGUGCCUUUGCUGUUUUCGAAACCGCCUGAUGAGCCCACCAGAGGGGACAGCUCACGCCAUCGUGUCUCACGAGAGUCGGGAUUUGCACAGAGCCUUUCCCUGGCAGCGUUGUCACUGGGCGACAAUUGGGCAUCAGCUGCUGUGCCUGGAUUUACCUGCCCUGACUUUAAGGGUUUAAAAUGGCUGAAAGGACAAAGCACCCAAAGCCCAGGGCUGACUCGGGCUUCCAGUUCCAGUGGGAGAAGCUGACUUUCCUGGUGUGGUUGAUGCAGGCUGAAACAGAGCAGAGUUUACACCUUUGCCUGUAACAAAGUAGCAAGUAUCUCACAUGACACAGGUCCCGUGAAGCACAACAGCAGCUUGAUUACCUUUGACAUGUUCCCUAUGCUUUCCUGAUAUAUUUUUUACUUCCUUUUUCAUUAAUUCUAUCCCUCUUUGCCCUUCCUUUCUGUGGGAAUAGCCGGUGGGCCUUAUUUCUGAUGCAGAGGGCAGCUCUGCCAGCACAUGUAAAACCCACGUGUGCACAGAAGUGUUGGGCCACUGGCUGUCAUGGUAGGAUCGGCUUUCAGACAGGCAAGCCCUGAUCGCCUUUUAAACCAGAACUCCCCUCUUAAUCAUUCCUGGAGUCAAAGCUGUAGUUUGGUAGGGAUGGACGCAACGUGAGAUUCAGUUUUGGGCUCAGGACCGAGCUCCUGGGGCUGAUGCCGCUACCUUGGAUUCUGCCAAAACACAUGCCGUGAGCAUCAGCUACCUGAAGGCCCAGAUGAGGAGGAUUUUGGUGACCAGCUUCUCCCCAGCUGGGGUCCACACGCCUCAGAUAUGCUGAGCAUCACGUUCCGCAGCGUAAGCCUGUGGAACCUGGCUUCCUUCUGUAGCUUUUUAAUCCCCAAAGUUAUGUACACAAUGUGGAAAGGAAAUGGAGGGGUCAGAGAUGGGGAGAAUGUUGUCAGGGUGUGAGUGAAUCUAUUGCUGUCUUGCCCUUGGCUUCAAAGGAAGCAGAACUUCAUGCAGGCACCAUCUCUACAAAGGCUGUGGCUCCAUGACCUGUUAUUAAGCCAUUCUGUGUCACUGCUCUUGCAGUCUCAUCUCCCCCGUUCCUGCUCAAUGUCCUACCCUCUCACAGUAGUACCAGUGCUCUUCCCAAAAUUAGGCAACUCUCUCUGACAGUUUUGCUUUUGGGACCAGCAGGGUAAUACUGAUCUUAGUUAGUUUAGGCAGCUGUGGAACCAUACCUCAAAGCAUUUAGCUUUCCUGCCAGAUCCCAACUAGGAAACGGUGUUUGGCAGCAACCCACCUGACAAAUGGUAUUGAAAACAAAACAAAACAAAAAUAUACAAAACAAACCAAACAAAACUACAUCAGAAGCUUGAAAAUUACUUUAACAGCAAGAGGGUUGCUCUUGACUUUGCAAGAAAGACUUUAGUAAACAAGGUGAUGUGCAUAGCCUGCUGUCCUAUUUCUAAUGAAUAUUUCCAAGCUCUCAGGCUAGCUAUUCACAUGCACAACUUUCAUAUACAGUUAUAAGACAGCCACUGAGUAGUGAGAGCUGCUGGCUUUUAUAGCAUCUGUUAAUGCUCAAAAUGAGAAAAGCUUAUUAUUCAGCAUCCACUUCAAGUCCAAAAAACUUUUUGCUGCUAUUACUGUAUUACAGAGGACUAAGCAUGAAUGCUUUUUUUCUUAAUGCAAACCUUGUGCAUUUUAUUCCUCUGCCAGCAAUUGGCAUAUGUGUUUCCUCUUACUCACAGAUUCCUUCUCAAAAGUGCCAUUAAGUGCUGGAGCUCCUGGCAAACUUUCUGGAAUAUCAUCAUCUUUAACAGCAUUCACAGGUGCCUUCAUUGCAGAGACUCAAAGAAAAAGGGUUUUCCAGUGCUAUUCCAUGGUGGAAUUGUGUUGAGCAAUUGUGUGAUUAACUAGAUUGAGUACACAACGUCAUUUGCAUUGAUUUGGCAGUUGACUGGGGCUUGACUAUGAAUUUACUCCUGUUUUAUGCAGAAGAUUUUACAGCAGUUUUAUACUGCUGUGCAAAGACAAGGGAACUCACAUGCCACAGGUAAAGAAGCAGCACUCACGAAGGAAAAACAACAUUAGCAGAGAUUUGUUUAAGAACUUAGAGGUGUGUAUUUGCCUGGGAUAGUAAUAUAAUGUGUAGAACUGAAGAAAGAGCUGGAUGUUGGGGGUUCUUGCAGGUACCCCAGAAACUCAGCACUAUGUGCCAGACCAAGGGCUACAAUUGUAUAAUCACAGGAUAGUUUGGGUUGUAAGGGACCUUCAAAGCUCAUCCAGUGCCACCCCUGCCAUGAGCAGGGACAUCUUCACCAGCUCAGGUUGCUCAGAGCCCCAUCCAGCCUGGCCUGGGAUGUCUCCAGGGAUGGGGCAUCCACCACCUCUCUGGGCAACCUGGGACAGUGUUUCACCACCCUCAGUGUAAAACAAUGAGUGACUGCCUGGCUGUCACACCAUUGGAAGAGGAGCAUGUUGGUGCUUUCUUCCUUGCCUGUGCAAAGUUCGUUGCGCAGAUACUGCACCUACUCAGAUGCCAGACACGCAAGCGACACUCCCUUACUACUAUUUAUACCGAUUAGCUCAUGUCUAGUGUAGGAGAUAAGCCAUGGGCAGUGCUGCUGCUGCUAAAUUUGGCCUUGUCCCAUAACAGCUCUUCUCUAUGUAUGAGAUAUGUCUGGGAAAAGAAAAAAUUCUGGGGUGGUGGUGGUGGUUCAGAAUCAAACAUGCAGCAAACCAGCACACAAUAACACAA